AUGAAGGGAUUAGCCCGUAGCUAUUUCUGGUGGCCCGGCUUGGAUUCUCAAAUUGAAAGCACAUGCAGAACCUGCGAAGGUUGUGCACUUACGCAAAACAAUCCUCCUGCUGCUCCUGUACAGAGAUGGGAAUUUCCAGAAAAGCCCUGGUACCGAGUCCAUAUAGACUUAGCAGGACCCUUUAUGAACUCUAUGUUUCUUGUAGGAGUCCACGCACACUCAAAAUGGCCAGAAGUUCGCAUCAUGUCACCAACAACAUCUUCAAAAACAAUUGAACUGCUGAGAACCAUAUUUGCUACAUAUGGUCUGCCAACUCAAAGUGUUUCGGACAAUGGCUCACAACUCAGGUCAGAAGAAUUUGAAACCUUUCUUAAGAUGAAUGGAAUACAACAUCUUACUUCAGCCCCUUACCAUUCAAGAACAAAUGGAUCGGCUGAAUACUUUGUAAGGACAAUGAAGGAAGCUUUGAAGAGUGACAAAGGCAAUGCAAGUCUCAGGUACAAACUUGACACUUUCCUUAUGAAAUACCGCAAUUGUCCACAUACUACAACUGGUAAUUCUCCAGCUGUCGUGCUGAUGGGACACCCUCUACGCUGUCGUAUGGAUCUAUUAAAACCAGACAUAACCUGUACAGUUGAAAAGUCUUUUGCCGCAGCACGAUCAUCCAAACAAACGCGUCAUUUCAACAUUGGUACACCUGUUGUAGCCAGAAAUUAUGGAAGAGGUAAUCUCUGGUCCAAAGGUAUCGUAUCAAAACAAACCGGUCCAGUAUCAUACCAAGUACAAGUUGGUACUUCAAUUUGGCGUCGUCAUCUCGAUCAGUUAAGAAGAUCUGAACUACCAAUUACAGAAAGUACUCCUUUUACCAUGACAACUAAUGAACCACAGGUCUCUGAAGAGAACUACCAAGAGUCACAGACAGAUGCGCCUUUGACAGUUGAUACUCCUGAUGUCAACUCAUCACAAGUUAUCUCAGAGAGUCAGAACAGAACCCCUUGUGAUGUAGAGAGCAACCAUAACUCCAACACUCCAGCUCCAGUCAUGCAAGAUCCCGAAUUACGAGAGUCAAGACCAGUGAGGAACAGAAAAAGUCCAGUAUGGAUGAAAGACUAUGUUGCAAAAUGA